CUGAAAUUGAGACAGCACCAAAAACAUUGAACGGCUUGCUCAUUCAAUUCAUACAUGCAAGUGACAUCGUUUGGAGCAACAGAUGUAUUUGAUCGAUUUCACGGAAUUUCAAGUCUGCGUUUAUGUGCGCUUUGUAUGUGUUUGACAACAGAGGCGAAUAUGGAACCACCCAACGAUUGUCUACCUCAAUAUCUCCAAUUCGAAUGUGUAAAGUUGCCGAAGUCCCGCCAUCUUCAGUUGAACGUCUACCUUACAAAGGAUAUCCAUCGUCUCCUGUUGGCUGCUCGAGAAUAUCGCUUGGAACAUUUACCAUCUACCAUGCAUGGUGAACUCGGAUUGAGUGUACUGCAUGGUCUAUGGAUCAUGUCCUUGAUGACAGCGCAUGCUAAAAUUAUCAACAUUAUGUCGUGAAAUCUCACCGCAUCAUAUGUGCGUAUGUGCCAAUCCUCUCUGCCAUUCAACUGAAUACAGUACCGCACAGAUUUAAAAACUCCAUGCUUCACAAUAAUUUUACAUCAGUGACAUCAGCUACACGGGCUGUGAUGUCAUGCCUAUCCGCGGCCGAUUGUCCAAAAAAUAACAGCUGCACUAUCUCGGUCCAAGCUGGAUUACUUGUGAAGGUGAUGAAUAAGUCUGGACGGCCGUAAUAACGAACAUAUGAACAUGGUAUUUUGAGCAUAUUCCCGCAUGUGACGUGAACUACCUAUGUAUGAAUAUGGAAAAAUUGUAAGCUUUCCAAAAAAGUCGAAAAUUAUGGCAUUAAUGUAAUUUUUUUGGGUUAAAUAUUUUAUUGCGGUUUUCAUUUUUUGAUUCCUUAAUAAAAAGAUAG